GGAGCAGGUCAAGGAGGGAGAGGAGCGGGCCGAGGAGUGGGCCAAGGAGGGCGAGAAGCAGUCCAAAGAGGAGCAGGCCAAGGAGCGAGAGGAGAAGGAGGGCAAGCAAGACAACGCAUUUUCAUUACAGAUGAAAUGAGAGCAACAGUCAUUGACCACGUCAUUGUCCACGGCAUGACAAUGACCGAAGCGGGACAACGAGUCCAACCAAACCUCAGCAGAUUCUCAGUGGGCACCAUUAUUCGGGCCUUCAGAGAACACAACAGAGUUGAAAGAUUGCCAUUUGCAGGUGGGAGGGCUUCCAGAUUCACACCAGCCCAAGAGGUCCUCAUUGUGGAUAUGGUUCGGGAGAACAAUGUGAUCAGACUACGGGAGAUACGGGAGAGGAUCAUUGGUGACAAUUUGAACUUUCCGACCAUUGACAAUGUCAGCCUGACAACCAUAGACAGAGUCCUCAAGCGCCAGAGAGUAAGAAUGAAGCAGGCCUAUAGGGUACCCUUUGAGCGCAACUCUGGAAGAAUAAAACACCUCCGUCACCAGUAUGUGCAAAGGAUGUUCCAGUUGGAGUCCAUGGCCAGACCCCAUGAAUUUAUAUUUGUGGAUGAGGCUGGCUUCAACCUCACAAAAAGGAGGAGGAGAGGCCGUAACAUCAUAGGACAGAGAGCUAUCGUUGAUGUGCCCGGCCAACGUGGAGGAAACAUCAAUCUCUGCGCUGCCAUGAGUUCUAGAGGGCUUCUCCACCAGCAUGCUGAACUUGGUGCCUACAACACUGAGCGUCUCCUCACCUUCCUAGGAGAGCUCAGAGAUGUUUUGCAUGACAAUGACCACCUGAAUGCUCGGCCAGCAGAUCACCACGACCAGCAGAUUCCUGGGCCAGCUGAUCUUCCCAUAUACGUCAUCCUCUGGGACAAUGUUAGCUUCCAUCGCAGCAUCCAGGUCAGAGAGUGGUUUAACAUCAAUCAGCAAUUCAUUAAUGUGUGUCUGCCACCCUACUCUCCGUUCCUAAACCCAAUAGAGGAGUUCUUCUCAGCAUGGCGGUGGAAGGUCUAUGACCGCCAACCUUACACUAGAGAGAACCUUCUCAGGGCUAUGGACCUGGCCUGUGAUGAUGUGGCUGUGGAGGCGUUCCAAGGCUGGGUGCGGCAUGCCAGGGCAUUCUUCCCACGUUGUUUGGCUAUGGACAAUAUUGCCUGUGACGUUGAUGAGGUCCUGUGGCCCGACCCAGCCCGACGACGUGAUGCCUCUCCAUGAUUUCGGUGUCAACAUACAACAUACUGUGUCAAUUUUCAACGUACUGUAAUAAAAGAAAUCGCACCCUGAACAUUGUGUUCUCAAUUGUUACUGUACAGUAUCUAUUGUGUGUAAUGGAUCCUCCAUGGAGUUUAGUACUCAUUUUUGCAUUGAGUUGUGAUAUUACUGCAUUUUCUGCAUUAUGUAACUAUUCCCAUGAAAUGCACAAAUCUAUAGAAAAUGCCCAAAACAUAUUUGAGAAUAAAUAAGGGUUGCUCAAAUGCAUCCUGGCAGUUGUGAAACUGUAAAAAGAACAGUCUCACACUGUGAAAAUUGUGCUUUCAAUUUUUUUGGUAAUGUGGUUAAUGAUGCUCAGUAGUGUUUACAUUUUUGCAGGCCUUGAGUGGUAUUUUGGUGUCAGAGUUUGCUUUUGA